CAGAAAUGAAGGCCUCUCAUUGGCUUCGAGGAGGUCCAGACGUCCAUGGUCCCGCCUUCCUGCCAGCCCUGCAUUCCCUUAUCCUGCUGUGUGUUAGCCUAGCUCCCUCUUCCCUCAAGCUGAGGGGGUGCGUGAGGCGGUCGGAGCGCAGGGAUGUCGCGCGCUUUCCCCUCUUCUGGGCACCUCUGUUAGCGGGGGCCGAGCUGUCCGCCCAUUCGCUCCUAGAGGGAGUUCUUCCCUCUGGCCUGGUCCGUGUGUUAAGGCUUCCCGGACACCUCCUCCCCAGAGCCCCCAACGGGCAGCCAGAGCGGCCCCGACCAGCCUCCUCCCCGCUCCCCCCUCAUCCCCCCAGCGGUGUGUCUCCUCUCCCGGUCUUCAGUUACCUCAUAUUCCAUCUUUUCACCCCAUUUGGAAGGGACCAGAGAAAGACACCCCCCCCUCCCCAAGAAGACCCCUUUGCCAGCCGGUGUUUCGGGGUGGGGUUGGGGGGCGCUGCGAAUAGGCCUGGCGCCCUUUUGUGCACGUUCAGUGCCCAGCAGUAUCUCCCAGACCAGCAACCCCCGACCCUCCAGUCUCCAUGUCUUAGAGAAGCCAAAUUCGAGAGUUAUAUAAUUUCUAGUGCUGCUGUUUUUCCUGCCUGAGGAAACACUUCAUCGCGUGGAGGGUGCAGGACAUUUCUGUGCACUUCUAUAUAAGAACGGGGUGUGGGCAGGGGUGGCCAGCGGUAGCAGAGAGAUUUCUUGUCUUUUCUGCAAAAGGAAGGUGGGUAGUUUGGAGAAAGAUAGAAAGGGUGGAUGUGGAAGCCAAGCAGCAGAACUCUCAUUUAGGAAAUCGCGAACCGUUUGCACAGCUUGUGCUCACAUGCCUAAUACUACUACAUCGUCUCAGAAAACACCUUUGGGGGAAGGUUUGACUUCUCUCGAACAGUCUCAGUGUUUUUCCUCGCCGGAUAGGGAGCUGCUUGGAUGCGAAGAGAUGGCAUGAUGUGAAUGACUCCAGUGUGAAGAAAUCUGCUUCGCCAACUCAUCCUGCAUCAAGUGCCCAUUGAGUAGCACUGUCACUUUAAUGUCUCCAUGCCAAGGGAUUGCUUUCCUUCUUUUCAAUCCUCUCGGUUAAUACAUGGGAGGAUCAGAAUCAGAGGGGCAUUAAGGAUUAAGCCUGAGGGGCUUGGAGAGCACUGAAGAAAAAAAUGAAAGUGACAGCAAGCUGGAUCCUGUCUUACUGAGGGGGUGAGAUCUGGAACUUCUGGUCCAGUAAAUAAAAAGGGGGCCUUUCAGUCUGUGUACUGCCCCAGAAAACUGUUCAAACUCACCCACCUUUUUAGACACCAGAGUCAAAAAGGUUUUUAAAAGUAUUUUUUGUUGGGGAGAUUAAAUUUUUCUCUAAAGAAUUGAGAAUCUUUAUCAUCAACCAGUUCAUCUGAAUUCGAUCAUGUAUUGAGUAAUGAGACAGCUGUAUAAAUUUGGUUUGUGCCUUAAUUGAGUUAGUCAUUGAAUUCCAAAAAUGUUGAUGCCUGAAGAAGAGUUUUAAUAACACUUUCUAUGCUUACGAUAAUUUUCUCAAAUUUUUUUAACAGAAUAAAUAUUUUAUAAAAAUCGAAAAACUCAAGGUUAUUUUUUUCUGAACUCUGUGGGCAGUGUCAAAAGUUUAAUUGUGGGGAAAAAUACAUCAUUUUUUUCCUUAUUGAAAGAGAAGACAGCCUGGAUUUCAAAAUUGAACAGUGAAGUGGUUUGCAACAGUUACCUGGCUCUUGGCCUCAGUCCAGCUGGAUCAAGUUGAGACCUGAAAAGAUCUUGAAUCCUGUGGCAGUGGACAGACCCAAGAAUGCCAGUCAAGAAGAAAGAUACUGACCGAGCUUUAUCAUUACUGGAAGAAUACUGCAAAAAAUUAAGGAAACCAGAGGAACAGCAGUUGAAAAAUGCUGUUAAAAAGGUGAUGGGUAUCUUUAGAAGCAGCUUAUUCCAAGCUCUGCUAGAUAUUUAUGGAGCAGCUAUGAUGUGUCAAACACUGAUAAAGAUGCUGGAUUUGAUGCAAGCUAUAAAACUCUAGAUCUGAGAAGCUCACUGAAUCCACAGCAGGAUAUACACAAGGAAAAUCACACCAAGGCACAUUAUAAUUAAAUUGCUGAAAACAGUGAUAAAGAGAAAAUCCUAAGAGUAGCCAGAGAAACAAAGACACAGACAUCUUGUCAGGAACUAUGUAAGCAGAAGGACAGUGCAAUGACAUCUUAAAAUUGAUAAAAGGAAAAAAACUGUCACCCUAGACUUCUUUAUCCAAUAGAAGCAUCCUUCAAAAAUGAAGACAAAAUAAAUAUAUGUUUCAGACAAAACAUAUUUUGGGAAAAUUGAUUAUAGGCAGAUUUGUACUACAAGAAAUGUCAAGGAAAAUUCUUUAAGAGGAAGACAAGUGAUAGGAGAUUGAAAUUUGGAUGUGUGCUAAUAAAUUAAAAAAAAAUUAAAAUAUUAAAUGAGUGGGCAAAAAUAAAAAAUUUACCCCCUAUUUCAAAAAUUUAAAAGAUAAUUAUCUAAAGCAAAAAUUAUAAUAUCUAGUAGGAUAUAUAAUAACAAUAGUAAGGAAGGAAAUGGAAUUAUACCACUGUAAGACUUAUACUAUGCCUGAAGUGGCAUAAUAACAUUUGCAGGUAGACCAUGGUAAAGAUCUUCAUUAUAAAACUUAGGACAAUCACUAAAAGAAUAAAACAAAGGGAUAUAGCUAAUAAACCAACUGUGGAGAUAAAGUAGAAUUCUAAAAAGUACUUAGGGAAUCAAAAAGAGGUAAAAAGAUGGUUUAGAAAACAGGUCAAACAAAACAAAUAGCAAGAUGGUAGAUUUAAAUGCAAACAAUCAGAUUGCCAGCCAGGCAAAAAAUGAAAAAUUUUACUAUGUGCUAUCUAUAAGAAGUCCGCUUUAGAUAUAGAUUCACAGGUUAAAAGUAAAAACAAGUGUUAGACACUAAUCAUAAGAAAGAUAGAAUGGCUUUCAAUUUAAGGCAAUUUAGGGAUCAGGACAAGGUAUAUUACCUGGGGUUAACAGAGGUAUC